AUGUCAAACGAACCUCUGCCUGACCCAGAAGCCGCUUCCAAAACAUCGCUGCAAGUGUCCGAGACGGACGACACGAACCUCGAGUUUAUGGUUCCGGAGCCGCCGUUCGAGAAAAUCUCCAGGUUGCGGCUCCUGACAUUUAUCGCUCUCAUGGCUACCUCCCAGAUUUUUUCCCAGGCGCUUUUGGCACAAUCACUUGUGCCGUCCCCGUAUACGGCGAAAUCGUUUGGCGUGGAGGGCGACCAGGGCCAGAUUUCGUGGAUGACGGCUGCCUACUCGCUCUCGGUGGGUACAUUUAUCCUGAUCUCGGGCAGAGUGGGUGAUCUGGUUGGCUACAAAAAAGUGUUUCUCGCGAGCUACCUGAGCUUGGCUUUAUGGUCGCUCCUGGGGGGGCUGAGCCAAUAUAGCGGCUCAAUUGAGUUUUUCGACAUUUGUCGCGCGCUCCAGGGCCUCUCAGUUUCAGCCGCUGUGCCCAACGCGCUCGGUCUGCUGGGGCACUAUCUGCCAGUUGGGAAAUUACGCAAUUUAGCCUUUGGAUUUUUCGGAGCAGUCGCACCCCUGGGUUUUGUUUUGGGCGCCCUCAUGAGCUCUGUACUGGCCCAGUUUGCCACGUGGCCAUGGGCAUUCUAUGUCACCGCUAUCGUGAGUGUGGUCAAAACAGCGGUGUCAAUUUUCGUGAUUCCGAAAAAUAUUGUCACCGUCCAUAAAAACCUCACUGCACAUCAUUUCGACCUAUACGGAGCUGCCACGGGUAUUAGCGGCCUUGUGCUGAUUAAUUUCGCCCUCAACCAGGGCCCCGUCGUUGGCUGGAAAGUGCCAUAUGUCUACAUUCUGCUAAUAGUCGGAGUUGCAUUUAUGGUUGCAUUUGCUUGGAUCGAACGCGUUGCUACACACCCCCUCGUGCCUAAACUCAACACCGCCGUUGUCUUCACACUUGCCUGCAUCGCCUUCGGCUGGUCAAGCUUCGGCAUCUGGAUUUAUUACACGUUCCGAUUCGCGUACGAUAUUCUCAACCUAAGCCCGCUGAUUGCGUCCGUGCAAUUUAUUCCGUCGUGCAUUGCUGGAUUGCUGGCCGGAAUGAUCACCGCAAACCUCAUCCACCGGGUGCCCGCCUCGAUAAUGCUGAUGAUCGCAAUGGCCUGUUUCGUGGGCGGGCUCGUUAUCAUGGGUCUCAGACCGAGGGGCCAGAUCUACUGGGCACAGAAAUUCCCUUCCAUCGUGGUGUGCUGCUUCGGCAUGGAUAUCAGCUUCCCGUCAGGAAUAUUGAUUCUCUCCAACAAACUGCCAAGACGCCACCAGGGCCUUGCAGCGUCGCUCGUGACAACGGUUGUGAACUACGCGAUCUCGGUAGGUCUGGGUUUGGCCGGCACUGUCGAGUACUAUAAAAUUAAAAACGGAGCAGAUACGUACACUGGGAUCCGCAGUGCAUUCUACAUGGGUAUGGCGCUGUCCGCUGCUGGACUAAUCUGCUCCGUGUUCUUUGUGUACUACCAGCUGGUCCGACACAGGCACAGUGCGCAUAAAAUUUGA